AUGUGCGGUAUUUGGGCAAUAAUCGGUGAACAACCGACUACUAUGCAUCGUAAGCAAUUCAUGCGAAUUGUCGGUCGUGGCCCCGAUUUAACUGUUAUCGAAGAAGUUCAGCCGGCAGUGUUUUUUGGUUUUCAUCGACUUGCUAUCGUAACGCCCGGUGAUCUCCCAAGUGAACAACCGAUUAGUGGUGAUGGUCUGUCUGUUGUUUGUAAUGGUGAAAUUUACAACCACAAAGAGAUUAAGGCCUCAUCAAAUGCUCAAUUAAAAAACGACGGUAGUGAUUGUGCUGCUAUCAUCCAUGCAUUCAUCAAUUCAGACGAAGCUUGCGCCCAGCUGGAUGGAGUGUUCGCGUUCAUUAUGGCCGACGAAAAGAAUAUCUACAUCGGACGUGAUCCAUUAGGCGUUCGACCACUUUUCUACGGAUUUUCUGGAUCAGGCUUGGUAUUCGGCUCCGAAGUUAAGUGCAUGGAACAUCUAUGUGAUCGACUCGACUACUUCCCACCUGGUUGCUGUGCUGUGGUACCGAUACACGGCAGAACUAGAGUCAUACGUCCAUCGCGAAGCAUUGCCGUUUUCUUAUGUGGAAUCAAACUGUUAAUAAUUCAGACGCUAAUUCGUGAAAUUCUUGUGAAAUCCGUCGAGAAACGUCUGAUGGGCAAUCGUCAGUUUGGUUUCCUGCUGUCCGGCGGCUUGGAUUCGUCGUUGAUUGCUUCCAUUGCGACGAAGUUUCUCAAAAAAAAGCCGAUUGCAUUCUCAGUUGGCUUUGAGGAUUCACCGGAUUUGGAGAACGCUAGGCGAGUUGCUAAGUACCUCAACAUUCCUCACGAUGUCCUAGUUAUUACUCCGAAGGAAUGCAUUGAUAUUAUUCCUGAAGUGAUUUAUGCCUUGGAAACCUUCGACCCACUAAUCGUACGCUGUGGUAUCGCCCAUUAUCUGCUCUGCAAGCACAUUGCAAAGACAUCGAAUGUGAAAGUUUUACUUUCUGGCGAAGGUGCUGACGAGUUAUUUGGGUCCUACGCCUACAUGCAACGUGCUCCUCAUGCCUUUCAGCUGCACAAAGAAAUUCUUCGUCGACUUACACAUCUCCAUCAAUACGAUGUGCUCAGGUGUGAUCGAUCGACGUCGUGCCAUGGGUUGGAGAUCCGAGUGCCGUUCCUUGACAAGAGAUUUAUUGAUCUGGUUGUUCGACUUCCACCUAACUACAAAUUGAUUCCGAUGAAACUCGAAAAAUUCCUAUUGCGUAGCGCAUUCGAAGGAUGGUUACCGGAAGAGGUGCUGUGGAGAAGCAAAGAGGGUUUCGCUGAGGCACUCGGCAAAACGGACCUCGGUGACGUUGUUCAUCGUCACGCCAGCACUCUCAUCUCGGAGCAGAUGUUCGCCGAAAGAGCGGAUCGCUUUCCAGACAGGACACCUGAAACGCCUGAAGAGUACUGGUAUCGCCAGAUAUUCGAGGACACCUUUCACUAUGGAAAAGUCGGACCAUUGGUGCACACUAAAGUGUAUCGAACUGCCAGCUGGCAACUCGUCGACGAGAAGGAAAAUCUGGAGGGAUCAUUGGACAUCAAACGAGAAAUGCAAGCGUUAAUGCGUUUGCGACGUCGAUCCACAGGCAGCACAACACUUUCAGGCGUUGCCUGA